AGGUUUUAUAAUUCCAUAAUCCAUAUUGUAAAAUAAAACUGUCAUAAUUGAAUUUAAAAAAAAAAUUAACAUUCGUUCAAAAUAUUCCCGUAAUUAAAGACAAAACAAAAUAAUAAAUUUACACAAAUCUAAUAAAUAAAGUGAUUUUCAUGGAAUUAUAUAUAAUUUAGAAAUAAAGUGAAUUUUAUUUUUUGGACGAACGUUGUCUUCGAAAAUUUCUGUAACAAAAUGCCACCUCCGAAUACUCAACAGGCUCCUAGCCUUCCAGCAUUAUAUUCUGAAUUAAAUCGUUUAAUUAUUAUGGGAGAUUAUGAGAAAACUUUGAAAACAUGUAAUAGAAUUUUGCAUAUUGCCCCCGAAGAAUUAAAAGCAUUACAAUGCAAGAUAAUAUCAUUUAUUCAUUUGGGUAAAUUUAACGAAGCAAUAAAUGCAAUUACGCAUGCAAAACAAACGGAUAACUGCAUAUUUGAACAAGCGUAUUGCUAUUACCGUUUAAAUAAACCGGAAGAAGCAAUUAAAAUAUUAGAGAAUCCAGGUGCUAAAGAUGAUAAGCGUGUUCCAGAGCUUAAAGCACAAAUUUUAUAUCGUUUAGAGCGAUAUGAUGAUUGUAAGAAGGUGUAUCAAGAUGUGAUUAAAAAUUCCCAUGACGAUUAUCAGGAUGAACGUGAAACUAAUUUGGGUGCUGUAAUAGCCGGUCUUGUUGCGACUAAAGGAUCUAAAAAUAUUAAAGUUCCGGAAUUACGAGAUGAUACAUAUGAGUUAUGUUACAAUAAAGCUUGUCGAUUAGUUGCCGAAGAGAAUUUUUCUGAAGCUGAAAAAGUUCUUCGUAAAUGUGAAAAAUUAUGUAUGGAACAACUAUUAGACGAUGAAGAAACUGAAGAAGAGAUUGAAGAUGAACUAGCAAUAAUUAGAGUACAAUUAGGAUAUUGCCUUCAAAUGCAAGGACGUGAAGGCGAAGCUCAAUCAUUAUACCAACGUGUGCUCAAACAUAAACCAGACGAUGUGACCUUACUCGCCGUAGCAGCUAACAAUUGUGUCGUGAUCAACAGUACGCAUAAUGUGUUUGAUUCAAAGAAGAAAUUAAAGAUUGCGACAAGUGAAGGUGUCGAAUUAAAAUUAACAAAAGCACAACGUAAAACAAUUGCUGCCAAUAAUUGUUUAUUUAAUGUAAUUAACGCAAUCGGUAAUUACAAGACACAUUGUGAUGCUUUGUUGAAAAAGUACCCAGAUAUGGAGUUCACUGCCAUGUUAGGUAUGACAUUGGGUAAAAUGCGUGAAGGUAGUGAUCAAGAUGCUAUUGAUGGAUUAUUGAAAUAUGCUGAAAAAGAUCCAAAGAAUUUCUUACAAAUUCAUUUGUUUGCUGCGCAAAUUGCUUUAAUGAAAGAAAAUCGCGAUGAAGCACUCGAAAUUCUAUUAAAACUUGGUGAUGAUAAAUAUUUACCAGGAGUUGUAAGUACAAUCGUAACUCUGUACGUAGGCAAAGAAAUGUCAGAUAAAGCAUCGAAAUUCUUAGACGAAACUGUUGAUUGGUAUCGUAAAAAUAGGUCGGGUAAGCCUGGUUUAGAGAAAAUGUAUCGUGAGGCUGCUGAUUUUCAUAUGCGUAAUGAAGAACCUGAGGCAGCUGCUAAAUGUCUGGAGGAAAUUUUACUCUUACAUCCAGAUAGUCGUCAAAUUAUUGCUCAAUUAGUUAUGGCUUAUGCUCAGAUUAAAUCACCAAAAGCUAAAGAUCUUAGUGACCGUCUUCCACCCAUAAAUACAAAAGGUCUUGAUGUUGACGAUUUAGAAUCAGCCAACUGGAUGAUGGGUCUGAAAUCAAAUAGAUCUACACGACCACAAACAUCAGCUGAUUCUCCACCAACAACUCCACGUGAUCCGUAUGCCAAAAAAAAUAAGAAGAAGCGUCGUGGUAAAUUACCAAAAGAUUAUGUAGAAGGUGAAACACCGGAUCCAGAAAGAUGGCUACCGAAAUAUGAGCGUACCGGUUUCCGUAAGAAAAGGGAUCGACGUGCUAAAGAUAUUAUUAAGGGAUCUCAAGGAUCUGCAACUAACGCAUCUGAAGCUUAUGAUUUUUCAAGUUAUUCCGGAGCAGGUGAAAAUACAAAAGCUGAAACACCACAACAACAUGUAUCACAUCAAAAAUCGUCUGGUGACCAUAAAAAGAAAAAGCGCCGUCGUUAAUUGUUUCUCUUAAGUUUUUUUUUUUCGUUAAAUUAAAAAUAAAAAUUAUUUGUAUUAUU